UUUCUGGUUUGCUCUCAUAACUGCACAUUGAAAUCCGCCUUUGGCUGCACCUAUAGAUGAUUCCUUCAAGCAUGUCUGUCAUCGCUGCUUGAAACCCAUGCUCAGUGAUAAGGAGAAUGUUCAAAGGCAUACUCAGGGAGAGAAGAAAAAAAAGUCUCCAUUCAUACGCGAACCCCUGGGAGGGGUUUGAGGUGGUUUGCUGAAACCCCUAAACCUAAGCAGAGAGGAGCAUAUAUGGACAUGAACAGGACAGGCAUGGGUGUAUCCGAUCAUGCUGGAGCAACAUUCUGUGUGGAGAGGAUCGUCCUGGAUGAACUUAAACUAGAUGAAGUAGCCCAACGGCACAAUGAAAUUCAGUGUUCCUCUAUAAAGGAGAAGAUCUGUAACUCUGUAAGGUGCUCUGUGGGACAGUGGAAGAUUUGGAUUCUAAAGUGGAUACCGCUUCUCUCCUGGAUACCCCAGUAUUCUGUUCGGGAGAACGGACUUGGUGACCUGGUUUCAGGUGUCAGCGUGGGAAUCAUGCACCUGCCUCAGGGUAUGGCAUAUGCUCUCCUGGCUUCUGUGCCACCAGUUUUUGGUCUUUACACCUCCUUCUAUCCUGUACUGGUGUACUUCAUCUUUGGCACUUCUAGACAUGUCUCCAUUGGAACCUUUGCAGUGAUAAGCAUAAUGAUCGGGAGCGUCUCAGAGCGAUUGGCUCCUAACGAUCACUUUCUGACCAAUGGGACAAAUGGAUCAGUCGUCAUAGACACGGAGGCGAGAGAUGUUCAGCGAGUGAAAGUGGCUGCAGCAACAACGUUAUUGUGUGGCAUAUUUCAGGUUCUGUUUGGUCUGGUUCGGUUUGGGUUUGUAGUGAAGUAUCUCUCGGAGCCGUUAGUGCGGGGCUACACGACAGGUGCAGCCACUCACGUGAUCACCUCUCAACUCAAAUACAUGUUUGGAGUUUCACCCAGACGAUUCUGUGGACCCCUGCAGCUGCUCUAUACUCUGGUGGAGCUGGGCAGGUUAUUACCACAGACUCACAUUGCCACUCUUCUGAUCAGUCUAGUGGCUCUCACAGCUCUGAUCACUGUGAAAGAGAUCAACUCCUGCUACAGUCACAGAUUACUCCUCCCUGUUCCCAUAGAGCUCAUGGUGAUUAUUGCAGGGACACUUGUUUCUCAUUAUGCUGAUCUGAGAGCUGUUAAUGGUGUCGACGUGGUGGGAGAAAUUCCCAGUGGACUGGUGCCACCCAGAGUCCCAGAGGUGGGUUUCUUCUCCUCAGUGGUUGGGGAUGCGUUUGCUGUGGCUGUGGUGGGAUACGCCAUCAGCAUUUCUCUAGGCAAGACUUUUGCUCUCAAGCAUGGAUAUAAAGUAGACAGCAAUCAGGAGUUGGUGGCGUUGGGGCUCAGUAACACCAUCGGUGGUUUCUUCCAGUGCUACUCUGUCACUUCCUCAUUGUCUCGCAGUCUUGUGCAGGAGAGCACAGGGGGAAAGACACAGGUGGCUGGCCUGAUAUCUGCAGUUAUUGUGUUCAUUACAGUUUUGAAGCUUGGUUCACUUUUUGAGCAGCUGCCCACAGCUGUGCUGUCCAGCAUUGUGUUUGUGAAUCUGAAGGGGAUGUUCACGCAGUGUCAGGAUAUUCCUGCUCUGUGGAGGAGCAACAGAGUAGAUCUGCUAGUGUGGCUGGUGACGUUCCUCUGUACAGUUCUGUUGAAUCUGGACCUGGGUCUGGCAGCUUCCAUCAUCUUCACACUGCUCACUGUGAUCUUCAGGACCCAGUGUCCCAGGUACUCUUUGCUUGGCAGGGUUUCUGACACAGAACUGUACUUAGAAACUGAGUCAUAUAAAGAGGCUAAAGCAAUCCCAGGUAUCACUAUCUUCCGUUCCUCUGCAAUGACAUACUAUGCAAACGCUGAACUCUAUCAAGAGGCUCUAUUAAAGAAGAGUGGAAUUAAUGUUCCAAAGCUGCUCAAAUUGAAAAAGAGGAAAGAGGAGGAGGAGAAUGCAAAAAAGAAGCAAGUGAAUGAAAAAGAUAAACAGACUGGAGUUCUGAGAGAGCUGGCGAACAGAAUGAUGGUCUCCAUGAAGAAUGUGAGCGAGUCUGUGCACUGUCACGGAACGGACCAGGAAUGCAUCAUCAACGACAGCGGCAUAGCAACAGUAACCCAGGGGAACAUGAACUGCAGCUUCCAGCCAGAGCAGGACUCUGAAGAGGAGGAACGGGACGAGACAGACACGCACUCCUCCAGCUGUGAUGGUGUGCAGGAACACACACACUCCAUCAUCCUGGACUUCAGCCCUGUCAGCUUCAUCGACACGGUCACCCUGAAAACACUGAGAAACAUUUUUCAAGAUUUUGCAGAGGUUGAUGUCACUGUUUACAUCGCCGGAUGCCAAGUGUGUGUAGUGCAGCAGUUGGAGCGAGGCGGAUUCUUCUCUGAGUCCAUCUCAAAAAGUCGCCUAUUCCCAUCUAUCCAUGACGCUGUGCUGCACUGCCUGUGUCAGUCUCAGAGAGAUCGGUCCAGGCCUGAAUUUGCACUGGAAAUGCCCUGCGUAACGAGGUUGUGAGCAGCAGGUGCCAGUCUGUCCAUGAGGAACGGCAGAAGGAUGAUAGAAGCCUAAAACAUAUCACAACAGAACAAAAAUAGCCAUCAAGACUCACAGCCAGAUGUUUAUAUCAUAAAACAUGGACGUUAACUGGGUGAUUUACUGUCUCAAUGUGGCAAAUACAGCUUCAUAGUAAAGAAAAGUGGUAUAGAAAGUCUAGAAGGAAAAGCCAGGUAAUGUAGAAAACUGUCAAACACAGAGCAUGCAUUAAUUCUCUUUAAAUACAAGUAAUACUACAAAUAACAGUCUUAUUUACACAUUUUGUCUAUUAUGUGAAAACUUUGUCAAGGUCUAUUAAAUUGCAUGCAAAGAGAAAUUAAUUAACAGGAGUGCCUUGAGUAUUUAUUUCAUCUUAAAUUGAUAGUAAAUUAAUAUCAAUUUAAAGAUAAAUUAAUAAAUUAUAAAUAAGGCUUUAUAAAUAGGCUGCCAUUAAGAUAUUUUAUAAAUCUGGGAAACUUAAAAAAGGAACAUUAAAUUUUUUAUAUUUGAAUAUUUGGAGUGUCUCAAAUGACAUUUGAGCGCCUUCUGCUGUUCGUGUCGGGUGUUACAACAACGAGAAGUGAAACUAUUGGAAUUAAAUGGAGUUUGUAUCGCUUUUUAUAAAUGCAGAUAUAAAUAUCAAUAGACUCGUAUUCGUUAAUGGCAAUUAAAAUAAUACUUGUUUUACGUCUUAAUUUGAUCAAUUAAAAAGUAAAAUGUAAACAUGGCUUAAAAAUGCAAGACGUCGAGACAUAGUGAGAUUAAAGUUUAAUACCGAACACUUAUAGCCUAUACAAAUGAUUAAAAAACACUGACUGACUAAAGAGCAAGCUCUCGUAGCAUGAAACAUGAAAACGUUGGACAGUGCCCGAGGUUCGAUCUCCGGUCGCCGGUUUCCCGGUGACCAUGAGAGGGGGACUUUUCGAUUAAUCGGAAGUAACCACUGAGCCACACCAACGCGAGUGUUACGGUACUAGAAACAGGCUUUAACUGACAGUGGGAAGCCUUCAUGUGAUACCAUGACAGCUCAUAGGUUGUCCUGCUGCAAAUGAAACGGUAAUAACCUCUGCUUUUUAAUGAAUUAUUUUAGGUAAAAACCUAUUUUGUGUUUAUUUUACGUUUUAUUCUUAUGCUCUUCUUUAUUUGUGGAAAGGUUGCAUGUUAAAGAUUGAAUGUUUAGCUCUAUUAUGUCAUGAGUGCUGGUUCAUGUAUUGCUCAGACUGUCAUAUUUUUCACUAUCAGCGUUGCUUCAGUCAUGAAGUCACAAUCAUAAACGGAACUGUUAGAAUUCAGAAAUGAAUCUAUUUAUCAUGAUG